UCUCGCUUAUUCUAUACACUUGAAGCGCACAAUGCGAAUGAUUAUUGUUCCUUGUUGUCUUGCCCUGUUUGUGGCACUAGUCACAUGCGAGGGUACUGCUGCGGAAGACAAAAAAGCAGAGGAGGCCGAAGUUGAGCCAAAGGAGUCGCAGAAUGUUGAGAAACGUGGUUUGUACGGAUCCAUUGGCGACUGGCAAGACUAUGGCGGCAGCAGCAGCCAACAUGAGCACAUCAAGACUGUGACCAUCGAAAAGAAGGUCCCUGUCCCAUAUACUGUCGAGAAACAUGUUCCGUACACCGUGGAAAAGAAGGUUCCUUAUGAAGUUAAGGUUCCAAUCCCACAACCUUAUGUCGUGGAAAAGAAGGUUCCAUUCACUGUGAAGGAAUACGUCAAAUACCCAGUGCAUGUGCCAGCUCCUUAUACCGUCGAGAAGAAGGUACCUUAUGAAGUAAAGGUUCCAGUCGACAAGCCAUACGAAGUUAAGGUCCAUGUCCCACAACCUUACACCGUAGAAAAGAAGGUUCCGUAUGAAGUUAAGGUAUCUGUUCCAGUGCCGUACACCGUUGAAAAGAAGGUCCCAUAUGAAGUGAAGUACGAAGUUUCAGUGCCAAAGCCAUACACCGUCAUCAAGAAGGUCCCAUAUGAAGUCAAGGUACCAGUUGACAAGCCUUACAAGGUCGAAGUUGAGAAGCCAUACCCAGUUGAGGUACCGAAACCAUACCCAGUUGUGGUCGAGAAGAAGGUCCCAUACGAAGUGAAGGUUCCAGUCGACAAACCAUACACGGUUGAAGUGCCCAAGCCAUACAAGGUCGAAGUCAAGGUUCCAGUCCCAGCCCCAUACACUGUAGAAAAGAAGGUACCUUAUACCGUCGAGAAGCCUGUCCCAUACGAGGUCAAGGUUCCAAUCGACAGACCUUACCCAGUCUACAAGGAAGUGAAGUUCCCAGUCCAUAAGGAAGUCCCAUACCCAGUUAAGGUUCCAGUCCAUGUACCAGUCCAUGUGCACAAAGAAGAACAUCAUGAGCAUUCCCAUGAGCACCACGAUUUCCACUAAACUAUUAGGGUCACUCCAUAGCUCAUCCAGCUCCCGCCUAAAUUUUCUGUUUGAACUGAACUGAUUUUUAGAAUGUUUAACGUUCCUCCUUUUGUUCCGCAGUUUACGAGCAAACCCAUACGAAUCAUUUCAUAAAUUUGUGAUCUUAAUGUAGUUGUUAAAGCGAGACAUGUUUUGUAGAGAGUGUUGACUUCUUAGAGCACCGUGCCCUUGCUGGUCAUCGGUUUUCGAGAAGUAAAUCCGUUGUUAAUUAUUGUUUUUUAAAUACUUUUACGAAAAUACGAAUGCAUCGAAAUCUUUACUCUAUCAAUCGGUUUAUGACCCAGCCACGACAUUUGGAACUUUGAAAGCUGUACCAAAAAAAAACUUGUUACCUAUGAUUGAACUUUCAAUACUCCUCAAUAUUUAUGAUGUAAAAUUGAUCAAAUUUCUUUACACUCAAAUCCUUCCUGAAGGAAACAAAAUGUGAUAUAACUAUUCUGUUUUCGAACUGAUGUAAACAACCAAGGUAAAUAAAAGUAACCGUAAAUAUGUUUAAUUUUUGAUCAUUUUUACGGCAUAAAAACUAUAACAAAUGAA